GUCUAAAACUCGAGGUGAUGGACGCUCUUCUACACGAGCAAAAAUACAUAAAAUAAGAACGAAUCUCAGAAAAAAAAAAAAAAACAAAACAAAAAAACAAAAAAAAAGAAGAAAUCAGACUAAAUUCAUAAUUCUCAAUCCGAAUUGAAAAUCCGUUGGAACUUUUUCAAAUAUUUCUGAGAUUUCGCUUUUCUGGAGGGAAAAUGUCGCUGGAUCUGAUGCUAAAGCCUUGCUGCAGUGGUUGUCGAUCAACCACGGAGCUUUACGGCAGCAAUUGCAAGCACAUGACUCUCUGCUUGACAUGCGGCAAAACCAUGGCUGAGAACCACGUCAAGUGCAGCGAGUGUGGCGUUGCCGUGACUCGGUUAAUACGAGAAUAUAAUGUUCGUGCAAGUUCUACCAACGACAAGAACUACUUUAUUGGUAGAUUUGCCGGUGGGUUGCCAAAUUUUUCAAAAAAGAAGAAUGCUGAAAACAGGUGGUCUCUUAUUAAAGAUGGACUGCAAGGACGCCAAGUCACUGAUACCUUGCGGGAGAAGUAUAAGAACAAACCUUGGCUCUUGGAGGACGAAACAGGCCAGUAUCAGUAUCAGGGUCAGCUUGAAGGUGCACAAUCAGCAACUUAUUACCUCUUAAUUAAGCAAGGGAAGGAGUUUGCUGCCAUUCCUGCUGCUUCGUGGUACAACUUUAAUAAGGUUGCACAGUAUAAACAACUUACUUUGGAGGAAGCAGAAGAGAAGAUGAAGAAUCGGAAGAAGACUGCAGAUGGUUAUCAAAGAUGGAUGAUGAAAGCUGCAAAUAAUGGCGCUGCUGCAUUUGGUGAAGUGGAGAAGUUUGAUGACAAAGAUAGUAGUGCUGCUGCUGGAAGAGGACGUAGAAAAGCAUCUGGUGAUGAUGAUGAAGGCAAUGUAUCGGAUAGAGGGGAAGAAGAUGGAGACGAAGAGGCAGCAAGAAAGAAUAGACUUGGACUAAACAAAAAAUCUGGUGAUGAUGAUGAUGAAGAAGGUCCAAGGGAACGCGACCUUGAUUUGGAUGAUGAUGAUGUUGAGAAGGGUGAUGAUUGGGAGCAUGAAGAAAUUUUUACUGAUGACGAUGAAGCUGUUGGUAAUGAUCCAGAAGAAAGGGAAGAUUUGGCACCUGAAGUUCCAGCUCCACCAGAAAUUAAGCAGGACGAUGAGGAUGAAGAUGAAGAUGACGAAGAUGGGGGUGGACUGAGCAAAUCUGGAAAAGAGUUGAAGAAGUUGCUUGGGCGAACUGGUGGGCUAAAUGAUUCAGAUGCAGAGGAUGAUGAUGAUGAUGAAGAUAUGGAGGAUGAGAUUGGCCUUCCCCCAGCAGUGACUACAAAGAAAGAAGCACCUAAAGAGGAACCCGCAGACAGCACUCCUGUAAAACCAGUGCCUUCUGGAUCUGCCAAGGGAACCCCAUCUUCCUCUAAAUCAUCAAAAACAAAGAGAAAACUGAACGUUGAUGAUGCUAAAUCCUCUAAUGGUGCACCACCAAAGAAGGUGAAGACAGAAAAUGAACAAAAAACUUCUGCUAAAGAUGAGUCGUUGCCAGCUUCUAAAAAUAAUUUGCCUUCAAAGGGCACGCAACAAUCCUCCAAAACAGCAGGGACUUCAUCUGCUGGACCUGUAACUGAAGAAGAAAUCAGGGCUGUUUUGAUGCAAAAGACACCAGUGACCACGCAGGAUCUUGUUGCAAAAUUUAAGGCGAGGCUCAGAUGUUCGGAGGACAAGACUGCUUUUGCUGAAAUCCUGAGAAGAAUUUCCAAGAUACAAAAGUCCAACGGAUCCAAUUACGUUGUGCUGAGGGAUAAAUGAUUGGGAUCCAAAACCAGGAUGUAUUUUUAACCAUUCGUACAGUUAGGGUGUAACCCAUAACCACGGAGUCUCUGUCUGAAGAGUAUUUGAUAUAAUGCGGUACCCUUUUUACUGGAAUUCAUAUUGUGCUUCUCACCUGUAUAUUUGAUGGCUUUGUUCUU